GCCCGACCACGUAAAGGGGCCCGACCACGUAAUGGGGCCCGACCACGUAAAGGGGCCCGACCAUGUGAAGGGGCCCGACCAUGUAUAGGGGCCCGACCCUGUAAAGGGGCCCGACCCUGUAUAGGGGCCCGACCAUGUAAUGGGGCCCGACUAUGUAAAGGGGCCCGACCAUGUGAAGGGGCCCGACCAUGUAACGGGGCCCGACCACGUAAUGGGGCCCGACCACGUAAAGGGGCCCGACCACGUGAAGGGGCCCGACCAUGUAACGGGGCCCGACCAUGUGAAGGGGCCCGACCAUCUAAAGGGGCCCGACCAUGUAAGGGGGCCCGACCAUGUAAAGGGGCCCGACCACGUAAUGGGGCCCGACCACGUAAAGGGGCCCGACCACGUAAUGGGGCCCGACCACGUAAAGGGGCCCGACCACGUGAAGGGGCCCGACCAUGUAAAGGGGCCCGACCAUGUAAAGGGGCCCGACCACGUAAUGGGGCCCGACCACGUAAUGGGGCCUGACCACGUAAAGGGGCCCGACCACGUAACGGGGCCCGACCACGUAACAGGGCCCGACCAUGUAAAGGGGCCCGACCAUGUAACGGGGCCCGACCAUGUGAAGGGGCCUGACCAUCUAAAGGGGCCCGACCAUCUAAAGGGGCCCGACCAUGUAAGGGGGCCCAACCACGUAAAGGGGCCCGACCACGUAAUGGGGCCCGACCACGUAAAGGGGCCCGACCACGUAAUGGGGCCCGACCAUGUAAAGGGGCCCGACCAUGUGAAGGGGCCCGACCAUGUAAAGGGGCCCGACCAUGUAAGGGGGCCCACGAGGCUCCGGGGGAAAACAAUAAAGAUAUAAUUCACAGGGAGAAGAGAAAGCGGGGCGCUCAACGGGAUGCUCCAUGCACAAAGACACAACGGCGGUGGUGUUUUCUACUCCGACACAACCUAGACUGAAUAUCCUACUAGAGGUCCGGCAGCAGUUGAAGGUCGAUGACAUCAUUCUGCAUAAUAAGUAGCCAUGUGCUUCUGUUUACGCUGUGUGCGUCUGAGCUCAGACGGUCAGAUUCACGGGAAACGUCGUGGAA